ACAAAACAAGUGACAGUUGAUACAAAAACAAAUAGUUUUGGUGAUAAUAGUAAAGUUAAUAUUUAAAUGUUUUGGUUAACAUUUUUACUCAUUAAAUAAAUUAAUUAACCAGUAACAUAUAGCAGAAAAUAUGAAUGUAGUUAUAAGAAGGGUCUUGACGAGGCAAUCUUUUAGAUUAUGUGAAACAUUGGCAUGUAAAACUUUAUCUAAACACAUACCCAUAACCUCAACAUGUCCUGUUAUACAAUUACGGAAUUACUGCCAGGGCCAGGAACGUUUGGAAGCAGAAACUCGGAAAUUACCGCAGCUCAUGGAAUUCCCGCCAGUCGUGUGGCCUUCAUUCAUCAAGUUCAUAAAGAAUUGGAUGUUUGCAAACUUCAUUAUCAGACCCUAUUUUGACCAGGAAUUCAGCUUGCAUGAGUUCAUUGAAGGAUCAAAACAUGCUGUUCAGGUUGUUUCAGAAUGCCUACAAAAGAGUGAUUUCAAGUCAUUAGAUGGCCUGGUAGAUAAGGAUGCUAUCGCCGCACUAAAGUCUGCCAUUUCAAAGCUCUCAGUCUCACAGCGGCAGUUGUUGGCUAUUGAGAAGGAAGAUAUCUUUUAUGCUUUCCCUUAUCAGGUUGGUGUAAUGUUUGAUGAUGCAGACAAGCGCUGGGUUGAAAUAACAAUGUGCUACCAUGUAUUCAGAGGGCUCAGACAUUUGAAGGAUGCUGGCGAUUUACCACCUAUCACUAUUGGUGUGCAACCCGAAUACCAAGACAAGAUAUUUAUUCUAAACUACAGAUUUAUAAGAGAAUUCACUAAAGGAGUAGAAGACAGCUGGUGGAUAAACAUUGUGAAUCAUUUUCAGCCGCAGAAUCUAAUAAAGAAAUAAUUGUAACUGUCAAACCUUUGUUGCAACUGAAAUAAUUUUUGUCUCUUUGUCUCGAAAAACCGUUGUCUAUCACAUCUAGAUUUCGUAUAAUAAUAAAUAUAUGGUUCAUGCUUAAAGUCUUAACUAUAAAUAAAUAAUAAAUAUGUGGAAAUAAUUACAAAAUUAUAUGAAAUAUAGAUGGCAUAGACAAUUCCUUUAAGGAUUUUAUACAUCUAAUGUAUCUUUUCAGACAUUCGAAAAGCCCCAUAAAAGCCCUAAGGAUCAGAUUUAAAAACCUUUUUAUCAGCAGAUUAUACUAAUGGAGAUAGAAUUUUGAUUUAUAUUCUGUAAAAUAAAUGUGUAAAUAUUUAAUCUGCGUGAAUAGAUUAUUGAAACUAUGAAAUGUGGUUCUUUAUAAAACAAUUGUUUCAGUUGCAACAAAAAGCAAAGAUAAUUUUAUAGUCCUGUUUUUUUUUCUGAUGUUUGCUAAAUUAAAACACUACAAUGAGCUUCCGACGGUGUAAAAUAAAUGCAGUUGAAUUGUU